AUGACACCGUCCAAAGUGCGUCACUUGCUCUCUCAAUUCGGCGACGUUUCUCGCCUCUUUCUUCAAGAUGGCAGUGCGGGUGCACAAGCGAAGGGGUCGAAUCAGGGGCCAAGGGAGAAGAGGAAGAAACACGUAUCGGCCAACUAUACGGAAGGAUGGGUGGAAUUCGAGGACAAGAGAGUGGCUAGGGGUACAGCCGAGCUGCUCAACGCUCAACCUAUUGGUGUGGCGAUGGGAAGCUGUUUUGGAGGAGGUGGAGGUGGGGCGAAAAAGGGCGGUUUGGGUCAUAGCAAGCGAAGAUGGAGGGACGAGGUUUGGACGAUGCGCUACUUGCCCGGCUUCAAAUGGAACAGGUUGAGCGAACAAUUGGGUGAGUGUGUGUGCGGUGCGGCUGUGGAGGAUCGGUGCGGUGCGGUGCGGUGCGGUGCGGUGCGGUGCGGUGCGCAAGAAUCGACGCCAUGGCAUCGAAUGCUACAUGCGAAUGCGACCAUGGUAGCCGUCCAUCCACCCUCCUGUGCCAUUCUUACGCUCUUCCCUUUCCCAUCCACUCUUCAGCAAACGAAAGAGCAUCUCACAAAUCCCGCUUGCAAGCUGAGCUUUCUCAAUCCGCAACGGAGCAACGUGACUAUCUCAAAAAGGUCGAAAGGGCCCGCGUGCAAAGGUCCAAACUGGAGCGGCUCGAAGCGCGUCGAGCUUCCGUCUCCGCCUCCGCCUCCGCCUCUACAUCCGACUCUCUCACCGGCUCGGCGCAGGACCCCGACGCAUCUGGCAGCAAGAAGCGAAUGCAAAGCGAGAGGACGCACACUUUUAGACAGCGCAGAGCUUUGAGUUCGGAUGUGAGGGACAAGCAGGCAAAGAUGGACCUGGACCUGGACUCGGACUCGAAGAGGCUCAUCAAGCGCACCAAACAUACGUCCCUUCCCGACGAUGCGCUCGAUCGGGUGCUUGGUCAGAUCUUCUGA